GACGUGCCCUUCGCUGUCAGUGCGGUGGAGUGAAAAAGUCAUAAAACCACCGUCUCCGUCGUCGUCGUCCGGAUUGCAUCCGACCAUCGGUCAGCAAAAAAGUGAUCUAAAAGAGAUUUAUCUCGAAUAUUAACGCCGGGUUUCGAGUUCUUGCCGCUGCUGGAAGUUUCUGGAUUCGGUUAACGUUGUUUGGUUGUACAGGAAAGUUUGGAAUCGAAGCCGAAACACGAUGGGAGAGAUUCGCGACUGGCGCCCCUUUAUUUAUGGUGGAGUGGCUUCAAUUACCGCUGAAUUUGGCACUUUUCCCAUCGAUACAACAAAGACGAGACUGCAAAUUCAAGGUCAGAAAAUCGACCAAUCUCACGCGGAACUCAAAUAUAGAGGCAUGACGGACGCUUUCGUGAAGAUUUCCAAACAGGAAGGCAUGAAGGCACUUUACUCUGGCAUUUGGCCCGCUGUGCUGCGGCAGGCGACGUACGGGACGAUCAAAUUUGGAACUUACUAUACGCUUAAGAAGGUGGCCAUCGAGAAGGGAUGGCUGGUGGACAAGUCGGGGAAUGAGAACGUUUGGUGUAAUGCCGGGUGUGCGACGAUUGCUGGAGCCGUUUCCAGCGCGAUUGCCAACCCGACGGAUGUGCUGAAGGUGCGCAUGCAGGUGCACGGGAAGGGCACCAACAACGCCGGCCUCGCAAGGUGCUUCAAGGAGAUUUACGUGCACGAAGGUGUACGAGGGUUGUGGAGGGGAGUUGGCCCUACGGCUCAACGAGCGGCUGUGAUAGCGGCAGUAGAACUGCCUGUAUAUGAUUUUUGUAAGUUGCAUUUGAUGGAGACAUUCGGCGAUCAAGUGGCCAAUCACUUUAUAUCGAGUUUCAUCGCGAGUUUGGGAAGCGCUGUUGCAUCGACUCCGAUCGAUGUGAUUAGAACGCGGCUGAUGAACCAAAGGAGGGUGCAGUUGCAGGUUCACAAUCUUGGUCCAGGAGGAGGCGGUGGUGGCGGCGGCCGAGGCGUUGCUGGAGGCGGUGGCUUAGCUGCUGUGGCCAAUCCUUCUUCACCAUCGGCCAAGAUCUACACCGGAAGCUUAGAUUGUGCCAUCCAAACGGUUCGGAACGAAGGUUUCCGAGCGCUGUACAAGGGCUUCAUACCGACGUGGGUAAGAAUGGGCCCGUGGAACAUUAUCUUCUUCAUCACCUACGAACAACUGAAGCAGAUGUACUAAAUGAGGCGCAGGGC